AUGCACGACAAAACCGAGGUGAUGACCUUCGAGAACGCUGCCUCGAAAGCGAGGAAAGUGGCUCCGGCCUGCAACGUCCAAGAUGGCGACUUGGCCUUGAAUGUGUUGCAAUCACAUUUCGAGUCGUACACGAAGGAGGAAGAGAAGAAGGUGUUGAGGAAGAUCGACGUUCGACUUGCGCUGUUGAUGCUCUUCGUCAACGGCAUUCAGUUUGUCGACAAGCUCACUAUUUCUCAAGCCGCAACAUAUGGCCUCAUCCAAGAAGCCCAUCUCAAGGGCCAAGAAUUCUCGCUACUGAUCAGUCUGUUCUACAUCGGGUACCUGGUGGCUCAAUAUCCCACGAAUCUCUUGAUGCAGCGCUUUCCAACGGGACGAUACCUUUCGAUUAACUUCAUACUCUGGGGCGUCGUUCUCACUUGUACGGGGGCAUGCACAUCCUUUGGAUCGUUCGCAGCCGUCCGCUUUCUGCUUGGAGUGUUUGAAAGCUGUCUGAAUCCCGGAUUCAUCCUUAUCACUUCAAGUUUCUGGAAACGCGAAGAACAGCCCCUGCGCAUAGCUCUCUGGUAUUGUGCGAACGGCCUCAUUUCCAUCCCGAGUGGAUUCAUCUUCUAUGGUGUGGCCCAUAUCCAUUCGAGGGGACUAUACCCGUACCAGUGGAUGUUCAUCAUCUUUGGCGGCUUCACUGUACUUUUCGGAAUCCUCCUUGUCUAUUUCCUGCCAGAUUCUCCGGUUUCUGCGCCAUGGCUGAAUGAGCGCGAGAGGCUCAUUGCUGUCGAGCGACUUAGGACCAAUCAGACCGGCAUCAAGAACAGCCACCACAAGUGGCCCCAGGUCAAGGAGGCUCUCACAGACAUCAAAGUUUGGAUGCUGGUCGCUGGUGUCUUCAUCCACAACAUGACAAACAGCCUGCAAACAAACUUCACCGGCUUGAUCAUCAAGGGAUUUGGCUACUCGACCUACGAUGCAGUACUACUGAGCAUCCCUUCAGCGGCCAUCUUCGCCUUCAGCGUCCUUCUGGUCUCAUCCUUCCUCUCCUCCAGAUACGGCGAGGGCAAGCGCAUCUUCGCCAUCAUCGGCUGCUACAUUCCCGGCGUCAUCUCCUGCGCAAUCCUCUACGCCUCGCCACUGUCGCAGUCCACCAAGGCCCUCCAUCUCUUCGCUGUCUUCUUCAUCGGCGUCGUUGCUGCCUCGGCAGGGAUCAUGUACUCCCUGCUUGCCUCGAAUAUCGCAGGCUACACGAAGAAGACUGUUGCCGGCUCGAUGUUCUUCGCCUCGUACUGUGUAGCGAAUAUCGUCUCGCCGCAGACAUUCAUCGCAACGCAGGCACCACACUAUACCACAGGUAUAUCGACAUCGCUGGCUUGCUUCUGCGCCAACAUUGUCCUUUUUGCUGUGUUGUACUUUGUUUAUGCCCGAGCCAACGCCCAGCGACUUGCUGGAAGGCAGGAACAGCCUGCUGAUGACAUGAUGGACGAUACGAUUCAUGCUUUUAGCGAUCUGACGGAUUUGCAGAACAGGCAUUUUGUGUAUAAGUUGUAG